AUGGAUGAAGGAGCUGAAGCUCAGGAGUCUGGACUGGAUGACUUUUUCAGCAAAUCUGAUCCUUUUCUGGAGAUUUUCCGGGUGAAUGAUGAUGCAACCCAACAACUUGUUCACAGGACUGAGGUUGUGAUGAAUAACUUAAAUCCAGCUUGGAAGACCUUUAAAGUGUCUGUUAAUUCUCUGUGCAGCGGAGACCAGGACCGCAGGCUAAAGUGCAUAGUUUGGGACUGGGAUUCCAACGGAAAGCAUGACUUCAUUGGAGAAUUUAGCUCAACUUUCAAGGAAAUGCGAGGAGCUAUGGAAGGAAGACAGGUGCAAUGGGAAUGCAUUAACCCCAAGUAUAAAGCAAAGAAGAAGAAUUACAAGAACUCAGGCAUCGUCAUCCUUAACCAGUGCAAGAUCCACAAGAUGCACUCUUUCUUAGAUUAUAUCAUGGGAGGCUGCCAAAUACAGUUUACAGUAGCUAUAGAUUUCACUGCAUCAAAUGGUGAUCCUAGGAACAGCUGCUCACUGCACUACAUCCACCCCUAUCAACCCAAUGAGUACUUGAAAGCACUGGUAGCUGUUGGGGAGAUUUGCCAAGACUAUGACAGUGACAAAAUGUUCCCAGCUUUUGGAUUUGGAGCAAGGAUACCCCCGGAAUACAAAGUCUCUCAUGAUUUUGCAAUCAAUUUCAAUGAAGACAACCCAGAAUGUGCAGGAAUACAGGGUGUGGUGGAGGCGUAUCAGAGCUGCCUUCCCAAGCUGCAGCUGUACGGACCCACAAACAUCGCUCCCAUCAUCCAGAAGGUGGCAAAAUCAGCAUCAGAGGAGACCAACACCAAGGAGGCCUCGCAAUAUUUCAUCUUGCUGAUUCUGACGGAUGGCGUCAUCACAGACAUGGCUGACACCAGAGAGGCUAUUGUCCAUGCCUCUCACCUUCCCAUGUCAGUCAUCAUCGUCGGGGUGGGGAAUGCUGAUUUUAGUGACAUGCAGAUGCUGGAUGGCGAUGAUGGGAUCCUGAGGUCUCCCAAGGGCGAGCCUGUGCUUCGAGACAUUGUCCAGUUUGUGCCAUUUAGGAACUUCAAACACGCAUCCCCAGCUGCUCUAGCAAAAAGCGUUUUGGCUGAAGUUCCAAACCAAGUCGUGGACUAUUACAAUGGCAAAGGGAUACAACCCAAAUGUAUGUCAGAGUACGAGUCUUCCAGGACACUAGCUCCAUGAACCUGCCUGCACUCUUUUACAAAAUGAACAACAGAAAAAUGCUACUGUCUACAACUACUGUACUUAAAAAUGAAACAAAAACAAACAAAAAUAGCACGUUUUGGUGAUUUUUAACUAAAAUAACCUUUUUUUUUUUUUUUUGCAUGUGUAGCCUAAAGGCUUAAAUCUGUGAAGCAGCUGUAUUGUUGAAAACUUUUUAUGAGGAAAACAAUCCAGACAAAACCAGUGAACUCUUUACAUUACAGCAUGUCGCCUUGAAAUAAAAGUUAUCCAGUAUCUGUUUUUUAUACAGGUUUGUUGAAAUUUUGCUAAAUUUCUUAUCUUUACACUGUAAAGCAUUUUGAAAUAUUUAUUGGGAGUUGAGAGCCAAAAUGUCUUUGGUUUAAUCUGCUAUGAACCGAGAGAUUUUUCCAAAUGGCAGAUGCAUGAACUGUAUUUUGCAUGUUUAAAAUAAAAACAACACAGUU